AUGGGGGAGAAAGUUUCGGAGGUGCUGGAGCCAGUGCUCCGCGGCUGCAGCGGCCACAGUGCCCGGACUCCCGCCCCUGCGGCGGCUGCCGCGUCCUCGCCGGGAGCUUCCUCUGCCGAGUCCUCAUCGGGCUCAGAAACUCUGUCGGAGGAAGGGGAGCCCAGCUUCUCUCGCGAGCACCCGCCGCCGCCGCCGCCGCCGCCGGGCGGCGCUCGGCCUCCCGCCGCGUGGGCUCCAGCGCACUUGGUGCCCGAGCGUGGAGUCCCCGCGCCGCCGCCGCAGCCGCCGCUGCCCGGAGGAGCCGCGACCCCCGCGCCCCGGGGCAGCAGCGCGUCCCAGGAAGAGCAGGAUGAGGAGCUUGACCACAUACUAUCCCCUCCGCCCAUGCCAUUUCGGAAGUGCAGCAACCCAGACGUGGCUUCUGGCCCUGGAAAGUCGCUGAAGUUUAAAAGACAGCUGAGUGAGGAUGGAAGACAGCUGCGGCGGGGAAGCCUGGGGGGUGCUCUGACUGGGAGGUACCUCCUUCCAAACCCGGUGGCGGGGCAGGCCUGGGCAACCUCUGCAGAGACGUCCAACCUCGUGCGCAUGCGCAGCCAGGUCCUGGGCCAGUCGGCGCCCUUGCUCACGGCCAGCCUGAAGGAGCUGAGUCUCCCCAGAAGAGGAAGUCUUUGCCGAACCAGCAACCGGAAAAGCUUGAUAGGUAAUGGGCAGCCCCCAGCACUGCCUCGGCCUCACUCACCUCUCUCUGCUCAUGCAGGAAAUAGCCCUCAAGAUAGUCCAAGAAACUUCUCCCCCAGUGCCUCUGCCCAUUUUUCAUUUGCACGGAGGACUGAUGGACGCCGCUGGUCCUUGGCUUCUCUCCCCUCCUCUGGCUAUGGGACAAACACGCCCAGCUCCACGGUCUCUUCAUCCUGUUCCUCCCAGGAGAAGUUGCACCAGUUACCAUAUCAACCAACACCAGAUGAAUUACACUUCUUAUCAAAACAUUUUUGUACCACCGAAAGCAUCGCCACAGAGAGCAGAUGCAGGAAUACACCCAUGCGCCCCCGUUCCCGAAGUCUGAGCCCUGGACGCUCUCCCGCCUGCUGUGACCAUGAAAUAAUUAUGAUGAACCAUGUCUACAAGGAAAGAUUCCCAAAGGCUACAGCUCAGAUGGAAGAGCGCCUAAAGGAAAUAAUCACCAGCUACUCCCCGGACCACGUCCUCCCCCUCGCAGAUGGAGUGCUUAGUUUCACUCACCAUCAGAUUAUUGAACUGGCUCGUGAUUGCUUGGAUAAAUCCCACCAGGGCCUCAUCACCUCACGAUACUUCCUUGAAUUACAGCACAAGUUAGAUAAGUUGCUACAUGAGGCUCAUGAUCGUUCAGAAAGUGGAGAAUUGGCAUUUAUCAAACAGCUAGUUCGAAAGAUCCUGAUUGUUAUUGCCCGUCCUGCUCGGUUAUUAGAGUGCCUGGAAUUUGAUCCUGAAGAAUUUUACUACCUAUUGGAAGCAGCAGAAGGCCAUGCAAAAGAAGGACAGGUUAUUAAAACUGACAUUCCCAGGUACAUCAUUAGCCAGCUGGGUCUCAAUAAGGAUCCUCUGGAAGAAAUGGCUCAGCUGGGAAACUAUGAUAGUGGGACAGCAGAAACACCAGAAACAGAUGAAUCAGUGAAAAGCUCUAAUGCUUCCCUGAAACUUCGAAGGAAACCUCGGGAAAGUGAUUUUGAGACGAUUAAAUUGAUUAGCAAUGGAGCCUAUGGGGCAGUCUAUUUUGUUCGGCAUAAGGAAUCGCGGCAGAGGUUUGCCAUGAAGAAGAUUAAUAAACAGAACCUCAUCCUCCGAAACCAGAUCCAGCAGGCCUUUGUGGAACGGGAUAUCCUGACUUUUGCAGAAAACCCUUUUGUUGUCAGCAUGUAUUGCUCCUUUGAGACCAGGCGCCACUUGUGCAUGGUCAUGGAAUAUGUCGAAGGAGGUGACUGUGCCACCUUAAUGAAGAACAUGGGUCCUCUCCCUGUUGAUAUGGCCAGGAUGUACUUUGCUGAGACAGUCCUGGCCUUGGAAUAUCUACAUAAUUAUGGAAUUGUACAUAGGGAUUUGAAACCAGACAAUUUGUUGGUCACCUCCAUGGGGCACAUAAAGCUGACAGAUUUUGGAUUAUCCAAGGUGGGGCUAAUGAGCAUGACUACCAAUCUUUAUGAGGGUCAUAUUGAGAAGGAUGCUCGAGAGUUCUUGGACAAACAGGUCUGUGGCACACCUGAAUACAUUGCACCAGAAGUGAUUCUGAGGCAGGGCUAUGGGAAGCCGGUAGACUGGUGGGCCAUGGGGAUUAUCCUCUAUGAAUUUCUGGUUGGAUGCGUGCCAUUCUUUGGGGACACUCCAGAAGAGCUAUUUGGACAAGUCAUCAGUGAUGAGAUCAACUGGCCUGAAAAGGAUGAGGCGCCACCACCUGAUGCCCAGGAUCUGAUUACCUUGCUUCUCAGGCAGAAUCCCCUGGAGAGACUGGGAACAGGUGGUGCGUAUGAAGUCAAACAGCAUCGAUUCUUCCGUUUCUUAGACUGGAACAGUUUGCUGAGACAGAAGGCAGAAUUCAUUCCCCAACUGGAAUCCGAAGAUGACACAAGUUAUUUUGAUACGCGGUCAGAGAAGUACCAUCAUAUGGAGACUGAGGAAGAAGACGACACAAAUGACGAAGACUUUAAUGUGGAAAUAAGGCAGUUUUCCUCAUGUUCACAUAGGUUUUCUAAAGUUUUCAGCAGUAUAGAUCGAGGUACUCAGAAUCCAGGAGAAGAGAAGGAAGACCCUGGGGACAAAACCAAAAGCACAACUUUGCCAUCCACGGAAACAUUAAGCUGGAGUUCAGAGUAUUCUGAAAUGCAACAGUUAUCCACAUCCAACUCUUCGGAUACUGAAAGCAACAGACAUAAAGUCGGUUCUGGCCUGCUUCCCAAACUGGCUAUUUCAGCAGAGGCAGAACAAGAUGAGGCUGCCCCCCACCCCAGAGAGCUGCAUGAGCAGCGGGAAAAGCCAGCCCCACCCCCUGCAGAGAGUGCUCAGGAGGAGCCCGAGGUCAGCACUCCGGCCAGCACCAUCAGCAGCUCCACCUUGUCAGUUGGCAGUUUUUCAGAGCACUUGGAUCAGAUAAAUGGACGAAGCGAGUGUGUGGACAGUACAGAUAAUUCCUCAAAGCCCUCCAGUGAACCCACUUCUCACAUGGCUCGUCAGCGAUUAGAAAGCACAGAGAAAAAGAAAAUCUCGGGGAAAGUCACAAAGUCCCUUUCUGCCAGUGCUCUGUCCCUCAUGAUCCCAGGAGAUAUGUUUGCUGUUUCUCCACUGGGAAGUCCAAUGUCUCCCCAUUCUCUGUCCUCGGACCCUUCUUCCUCAAGGGAUUCCUCUCCCAGCCGAGAUUCCUCAGGAGCUUCUGCCAGUCCGCACCAGCCCGUUGUGAUCCACAGUUCAGGGAAGAACUAUGGUUUCACCAUCCGAGCCAUCCGGGUGUAUGUGGGAGACAGCGACAUUUACACAGUGCAUCAUAUCGUUUGGAACGUAGAAGAAGGAAGUCCAGCUUGCCAGGCAGGACUGAAGGCUGGGGAUCUGAUCACACACGUCAAUGGAGAGCCAGUGCAUGGACUCGUCCACACAGAAGUUAUAGAGCUCCUGCUAAAGAGUGGAAAUAAGGUGUCGAUCAUGACCACCCCAUUUGAGAACACAUCAAUCAAGACAGGGCCAGCCAGGAGAAACAGCUAUAAGAGCCGGAUGGUAAGGCGGAGCAAGAAAUCCAAGAAGAAGGAAAGUCUGGAAAGGAGAAGAUCCCUUUUCAAAAAACUAGCCAAGCAGCCUUCUCCUCUACUCCACACCAGCCGAAGUUUCUCCUGCUUGAACAGAUCCCUGUCAUCAGGGGAGAGCCUCCCGGGGUCCCCCACUCACAGCUUGUCUCCCCGAUCCCCUACUCCCAGCUACCGCUCCACCCCCGACUUCCCAUCCGGUACUAACUCCUCCCAGAGCAGCUCCCCAAGCUCUAGUGCCCCCAACUCCCCAGCGGGGUCAGGACACAUCCGACCCAGCACUCUCCACGGCCUGGCCCCCAAACUCAGCGGGCAGCGAUACCGGUCAGGAAGACGUAAGUCAGCGGGCAGCAUCCCACUCUCCCCGCUGGCCCGGACACCCUCUCCAACUCCACAGCCCACCUCACCUCAGCGGUCACCGUCCCCCCUGUUGGGACAUUCACUUGGCAACUCCAAGAUCUCUCAAGCCUUUCCCAGCAAAAUGCACUCCCCCCCGACCAUCGUCAGACACAUCGUGAGGCCCAAGAGCGCAGAGCCCCCGCGGUCCCCGCUGCUCAAGCGCGUGCAGUCGGAGGAGAAGCUCUCUCCCUCCUACGGCAGUGACAAGAAGCACCUGUGCUCCCGCAAGCACAGCCUGGAGGUCACCCAGGAGGAGGUGCCGCCGCGGGAGCAGUCCCAGCGGGAGGUGACCUUGCAGAGCCUGGAGGAGAAUGUGUGCGACACGCCUGCCCUCAGCCGGGCCAGGCCCGUGGAGCAAGGCUGCCUGAAACGCCCUGUGUCCCGGAAGCUGGGCCGACAGGAGUCUGUGGACGAGCUGGACCGAGAGAAGCUGAAGGCCAAGGUGGUGGUGAAGAAACCCGACGGGCUCCCAGAGAAACAGGAAUCCCGCCAGAAACCCCAUGGACUUGGCAAUGAUGUGGAAAACCUCUCUGCUUUUAGGCUAGAAGACAGAGAGAAGAAAAUCUAUCCAAAGGCUUCGGAAAGGUCAAAUCAUUUUGAAAACAAAGCAGCCGCGCAGGAGGCCCAGGCCCCGGGCAGCCUGCUGAAAGAUGCUCUCCACAAUCAGGCCAGUGUGCGGGCCAGCGAGGCUGUCACCUCGGAGGGGGCGGCAGCUCCCAGGGACCACAGCCAGGGCACCAGUGACCUCAAACGAGCCUCGGCUCACAGCACCCUCCAAGACGGUCUCUGUCACGCCACCCACAGGCCCACCUCCGGGAAGGGUGAGCACACGGAGAAGGCCCCGCAGGCCAAGGAGGGUCCCCGGUGUGAGAAGUUAGACAGCAAGCUGGCCAACAUCGAUUACCUCCGAAAGAAGAUGUCCCUUGAAGACAAAGAUGAUGGCCCCUGCCCUGUGCUCAAGCCCAAGAUGACACCUGGUGCCCAGGAGGGCCUGCCGGGGAACGCGGGCCGACCGGCCGGGGGGCAGCAGGAGGCGCAGCCGGCCUCCGAGAGCUGCGCGCCAUUCAUCAGCGGCCACGUGGCUCAGCUCAGCACCGUCUCCUUUGUCCCUCUCAAGGCCCUUUCUGGCCGGGUGGACAGCGGAGCGGAGAAGCCAGGCUUGGCUGCUCCAGAGUCGCCUGUCCGGAAAAGCCCCUCCGAGUAUAAGCUGGAAGGGCGGUCUGUGUCAUGCCUGAAGCCCAUUGAGGGCACUUUGGACAUUGCUCUUCUGUCUGGACCGCAGGCCUCCAAGACGGAGCUGCCUUCACCGGAGGCUGCCCGGAGCCCCAGCCCAGGCAGUGACGUAGGGCCCCCUGUGCCACAGGCUCCCGCCAGCAGCGUGGGGAGGAAGGGUGAAACUGCGGGUCAGAGGGAGUCCUCCCCUGCCAGCUUCAAGGUGAACAAAUCCUACCUGCUCGAGCCUCGGUUCCCACCACCCAGCCGGGGUCUGCAGGGCUCACCGGCAGCACCCCUGCCUGACCCAGAGCUAAAGCUGGACAGGAAGGUUUCCCACGCAGCCAGGACCCCGGCGACCAUCGUGGAAAGCCAUCCCCAGCGGGGAGGGGGCAGCCCCGGCCAACACCAAGACCACAGCCCCGAUGUUACGCUCCUUCCCCUCCUGGGGCAGAACCUCCAAGGUGCUGACCCGUCUGGAUUGCGCAGCCCGCCCCCACCUGAAGGUGCCCCCUUGAGGGAGAAGCCUAGCGGGAGGGAGUCGUCCGAAAGGGGCCCUUCCACAGCCAGAAGUGAGCGGUUGGCUUUGAGGGCCGACAUCCGCAGAGACCCCUCCAAGGAGCUGUAUCCACUAGAAGCUGCUAAAACCAGUGACAACUCCAAAACCCUCCCCGCUGUGGGGAGGACCCGCCCAGAUGUCUCCACCCAGACCCAGGCCUUGGAGAAAGCAUGCGGGCCUUGUGGGAAAACAAACCCCAAAGACGGCCGAGAUGAGGUGAGGCCACUGGCCAGAGAAGACCCCUCUUUGCACUCUACAGCGGCUCCUUGUGAGAGGGAGCUGGGCAAGGGAAGGAGUGGCCCGGAAUCUAAGCUGGCAUCCGCUCCUGCCAGGUGGUCUCUGGAGCCACCCGGGACAGAGAGUGAGAAGAGUGAAAAGCUCUCCGGUUUCCGAUCUGUGCAGAAAGAUGGUCCCAAGGAACCAGAAAGGAAAGAACAGCCCCUGCAGAAGCAUCAUCUCACCAGUAGCUCUCAGCCCCUACCUACCACCAAAGAGCUCCCUGGCCUGGCCGCUCAGCAGCAUUACAUUCAACAAAGCUACCCUGCUGGCUCUCUGCCCGGGAGCAAGCCCUGUGCUACAGACUCAAGCCUGGGCCUCCAGGACCCUCCCAAGCCCACUGCUGUGCUCUGUGAAAGCAGCAGCCACAAGCCCAGGUCUGGCCCCGACACAGCCCCUCCAAGGUCUAAGCACCCAGACCGGCCCCUCUUCUCCCAGAAGCUGAGCAUUGAGGCUGCAGUGGGCAAAGAGCCUGGUGCCCGGCCCCCCGGCAAAGAGGGGAAGGGCAGCAGUAAGGGUGUGUCGGAGGAGUUCCCUGCCCUCCCAGGGCCCCAGAGCACAGCCCGCGAUGUGAUUGGCCAGGGAGCAAGUGGGCCCUCAGUCCCCCUACACAUGGAAUGGGGUCCUCUAGACACCAAGCUGAGACCCACCAGCAGUGGGCAUCCCCCAGAGGCACUGGAGAAGCCCGCACAUCCACCACGGCAAGGACCCCCAGGGGCCAGUGAGUCGGUGGACCAGAAACUUCCCACUGUUGGGGAAAGGCAAAACCCAUCUCCAAAGGCCCCCAAACCAUCCACUGUGAAAGAUUAUACCCCUCUGUGCAAACAGACAGACAGGAGCCUGAGUCCGCCGGCUGCCAGCGCUGACUCCUGGAAGUCUGAAGGCAAGAAAUGCACCGAAGCACUUUACUCCCCUGUGGACAGCGGGAAGCCGGGGGCCAGCCUUUCCCCGGUGCAAGGUGAGGCUGGGCCCAAGGGCACGGAGAGGCCGGCAGCAGCCGCCGCCGGGAAGGGCUGGCCGGAGGCCAAGGGGAAAGGGCCCGGUUCCCAGAAGCCACUGACGGAGGCGGGCAAGCCCAGUGGCAUGAAACGGUCGCCCUCGGCCACGGCACAGAGCUCUUUCCGCUGCACUGCCCUCCCCGAGAAGUCUCUGAGCUACUCCUCUGGCUUUCCCGAGGCCAGAUCAGUAGUUCCAGAGACUUCUACAACCUGCAGCGACACCUUCUCUGCCAAGGCCGGCAGGGCCACGGCUGAGCCCCCAGCCUCCAGCAGCAGGGACCAUCGAAAGCCCCUGCCUGGGGGGGAUGGCAGAACCCAAAUGACAAAGAGCGACUCCUUGCCAUCCUUCCGCAGCUCAGCCAUCACUCUGGAAUCCUAUCACCCCAACCCAGGCGUGGGGGAGGGCGCCAGCCGAGAAACCAAAGGGAAAGAGCCGGCCCCCGCCCAGCCAGCUCAGACUAGGAAGCAGAAUGUGGGCAGAGAGGUGACCAAGCCGUUCCCCGCUCCAAGCGCGGAGCGCCCCAUCGCCCUUCCUUCUGAGAAGGACUCCGGGGUGCGACAGAGGCGGGGGAAAGAGAGUUUGCGUGGCAGCCCACACAAAAAGGCCUUGUGA